UUUUCCACUUUUUAUUUGCUGUUCGUUAAUCAACAGUAGCAUCUUUCGUUCCCAAUCCAAAUCCCUGUCUGCCUCUGCCUGCACUUCAGUCCUUGUCAAUCCCCAUCCCAACGAAUUCUGAUCGGAGAUCUCUUAAAUGUCGGCAGCGGCGGCGACCUCGGGUUCUGCUCUCGCUUAUCCUGAUCGCUUCUAUGCGGCCGCAAGCUUCGCUGGCUUCGGGGAAUCUCCCGAAUCCGCCGCGAAAGGCGUUGCUUCUAAGUUCUCGAAUGACGCAGCGUUACUUCUCUACGCUCUCUAUCAGCAGGCUACUGUAGGGCCAUGCAACAUUUCUAAGCCUAAAGCUUGGAAUCCUGUGGAGCAAAGUAAAUGGACAAGUUGGAAUGGGCUUGGAAACAUGGCUUCAACUGAGGCAAUGCGUCUUUUUGUCAAAAUAUUAGAAGAAGAAGCUCCAGGAUGGUAUUCAAGGGCAUCAGACUUUGUUUCGGAGCUGGUUGGUAAUGGAGAACUCAGUCAUAAUCCAGAAGUUUUGCCUCUCUCUGAGAAUGCUAAAAUUGUCAGAGAGGCGCAGACAAUUCCUACUGAAAAUGGUAAAAUUUCAGCAACUCAAGAUAAAGAUGUUGUAUCUGAAAGCCGUGAAGUAGUUAGUUUGUAUGACCAGUGGGUAGUGCUUCCACUAUCUGGCACGCGACCAAGAGCUCGAUAUGAGCACGGAGCAGCAGUUAUUGAUGAUAAGAUGUACGUAUUUGGUGGAAACCACAACGGUCGUUACCUAAAUGAUCUCCAGGUUCUGGAUAUGAGAAGCUGGAGUUGGUCCAAAGUAGAUGUUCAAGCAGGAACUGCUGGUACAACAACUCCUUGUGCUGGCCAUACAUUGAUACCAUGGGAAGGGAAUAAGCUUCUUUCAGUAGCUGGACAUACCAAGGAUCCUUCUGAGACCUUGCAAGUAAAGGUGUUUGAUCUACAAACUGGUACAUGGUCAACCUUGAAGACUUAUGGAAAGCCUCCGAUCUCUCGAGGUGGGCAAUCAGUUACCCUUGUAGGAACAACGCUAGUUAUAUUCGGUGGACAGGAUUUGAACAGAUCCCUCUUGAAUGACUUGCACAUUCUGGACUUAGAAAGCAUGACUUGGGAUGAAAUGGGCACAAUGGGUGUGCCACCUUCUCCGAGGUCUGAUCAUGCUGCUGCAGUGCAUGCAGAUCGCUACCUUCUUAUCCUUGGUGGGGCUUCACAUUCAACUUGCUUCAAUGAUCUUCAUGUUCUCGAUCUUCAAACUACGGAAUGGUCUAGACCAACGCAACAGGGUGCAAUACCAAGCCCCCGUGCUGGCCAUGCAGGUGUGACCAUUGGCGAAAAUUGGUUCAUUGUUGGUGGAGGGAACAACAAAAGUGGAAUCUCUGAGACUGUUGUCCUGAACAUGUCCACAUUGGUCUGGUCAGUGGUCACUACUGUCCAAGGUCACGUACCUGUUGCUAGUGAGGGUUUAAGUUUGGUUGUGAGAUCUUGUGAUGGUGAUGAUAUCUUGGUGUCUUAUGGGGGAUAUAAUGGAAAAUACAGCAAUGAGGUAUGUGUGCUUAAGCCAAGUCAUAAGUCAACAUUACAAUCAAAGAUGGAAAUACCAGUGCCUGAUAGUGCAUCAGCUGUUCAAAAUGUUACGAAAGCUACAAAAGACCUGGAGUCAAAUUAUGAGGCAGGUCAAGGAAAAAAAAUAAGGGAAAUUGGUGUGGACAGUACUGAUGCUCAACCUAAGAUUCCCCAGGUAGAAGAGACAUAUGAACAUCUUUUAGCGGCACUUAAGUCUGAAAAAGAAGAACUAGAAUCUUCUUUUGCUAAGGAGGAGAUGCAGUCGCAACAACUAAAUCUACAGCUCAAAGAUGCGGAAUCUCUCAACUCGGACCUGUACAAGGAACUCCAGUCUAUACGAAGCCAACUUGCCACCGAACAAUCCAGAUGUUUCAAACUUGAGGUGGAGGUAGCCGAGCUGAGACAGAAGCUACAGACAAUGGAGACCUUAAAAAAGGAGCUCGAAAUUCUCCAGCGACAGAAGGCUGCCUCUGAACAAGCUGCAGUACGAGCAAAACAUAGGCAGGGUUCAGGCGGUGUAUGGGGUUGGCUCGCCGGAACACCACCUAGUGAAAAGGGCAGUGAUGCUUGAUCCCAAUCUUUCUUUCAUAUAUAAUUACCAUAAACACACAUACACACACACAUAUAUACAUAUUUUCAACAUCUAUUAAAUUAUAUAUCCAUCUCCCUGCAAGAACCCAAUACCGGAGAUGAACAUUCAUGCAUCCGCAACUGCGCUCUGUAGAUUCACAAUUGAGUGUGUUGUUUGAUAGCGUUAUUUGGAACCAAUACGAUUUGCCGGACAAUGUGAGAAAGGUAAGUGUUUACUUAUGUUUUGGGAUGCUUUUGCUGCAUUAGAUUGUUUUGUAUUCGAAUUUUUUUUGUGAAGAAAAUAGUAAUUACAUUUUACUAUA